GUUGUCUGUUGUCGUUUGAUGUCGUAAGGUCAUGCAUAAUGCACAAAAAAUAGCAACAGUUGUUGCUGUCGUAAUUGUACAAAUACACGCGAAGGCGCAACAGUCUACUUCAACUGAUUAUUAUUACUGUGACUUCAUAAUAAGCGCCCGUAUCGUGACUACGUGUAUGUACAACAUAUACGUAUUCUUGAUUAUCUUUGCUAUUUGACUUGUUUCUCCGUUUUGGCAGCCCAACUAAAUAUACCAAACGGUUCGGUGCAGCUUGAAGGAAAAUAAUAACGUAGCGAUAAAAGAUCAAUCAUUUUUCGAACGGGACGUAUAGUAACAUAUUUCAUUUCCAUUUUUAAUAUGUUCAAAGUGUUUUAAGCAAUCGUGAGUUGCGACGAAAUCCGUUGAAAAACAAAAGAAUUUUCGAAAGCUAUCAAUAUUUCUUGGCGAUAGCCAAAGUCAAGAGAAAGAGAAACGAAAUUACGUAGGCAGUGAGGUUAGAGUAUACAAAUUGCGUAGCGAAUAAAUUCCGUAAAUAUUAUUUGAAAUCUGUUCACAUAAAAUAAAAAAGCGUGUAAUUUGCCAAACGUCAAAACUACUGAAAACCCCGUUUUCAUAUCGACGAUUGUCAUUUUUGUCGUCACAUGUUUUGUUAAUAUGUACACAUUUCGAUGUGUCGGUACUCUUGUGCGAUCCGCUGCGGUUAAGUCAAAUCGUAGCCUUUCGCCACUAACCGUUGCCUUAUCUCAAAGACAUCAACCAUCCACGACUAACACACACGAACUUCUGGCACACAAACCCGAAAACGAACAUCAUCAACACAUCACAUCGAGUGUAAACAAACCUUCAAUUAACACAAUCACCGAUACAUUCGGUCGUGUCCACACUUAUUUACGAAUUUCAUUAACCGAACGCUGCAAUCUUAGAUGUCAAUAUUGUAUGCCAGCUGAAGGAGUUCAGUUGACCGAACGUUCAAAGCUGCUAACAAACGAAGAAAUUUACUACAUAGCUCGUUUAUUCGUUGAGCAAGGUGUACGAAAGAUCCGAUUGACUGGCGGAGAACCAACCGUACGAAAAGACAUUGUUGAUAUUAUUCAAAAUUUAAAGCAAAUCGAAGGUCUUGAACAAGUGAAUAUCACAACGAACGGCAUAAUGUUAACACGAUUGCUAGUACCGAUGCACCGAGCCGGUUUGAAUGGUAUCAAUAUUAGCUUGGACACAUUGAAAAAGGCGAAAUAUGAGCAAAUCACGCGUCGCAAAGGUUUUGAUCGGGCUAUUGCCGGCAUCGAUUUAGCUAUUCAACUGGGAUAUAAGCCAAAAGUGAAUUGCGUUGUUAUGAAAAAGUUUAAUGACACGGAACUAUGUGAUUUUGUUGAGUUCACAAAAGAUCGCAAUGUUGACGUACGAUUCAUCGAAUACAUGCCAUUCACUGGCAAUAAAUGGGACACAGACAAAAUGGUUACAUUCCGUGAAAUGUUGUCAACGAUUCAAAAGCAAUAUACCGACUUCCAUGCGCUUCCAAAUGAACCAAAUGACACGUCCAAAGCAUACAAAGUCGAUGGUUUCAAAGGGCAGAUUGGUUUCAUCACAUCGAUGACGGAGCACUUUUGUGGCUCGUGCAACCGAUUGCGAAUCACAGCUGACGGUAACUUGAAGGUGUGCCUUUUUGGAAACAAAGAAAUUUCACUGAAGGAUGCAAUCAGAAAUAAUUGCUCCAAGGAUGAUUUACUUGCGAUGAUUGAAUCGGCUGUAAAGCGUAAACAAAAGCAACACGCCGAACAACCACUGUCUUCAACAUCACCAACAUCAUCCAAUUUAGGAUAUUCAAUCAAUACAUUGUCAGGCUCAAAUUACCGUUAUAUACCGAUGCAACCGAUGUUCGCCCAAGGAAAUCAUCAACAAAUGCGGUUCUUUACGACCACUGCAAGAAAUCUCAAUGGAGGUUCGAAUGAAACCACAACGCCAAAGCAAUUGACGCACAUUGACGACGCAGGAAAAGCACGUAUGGUUGACGUUAAUCACAAGUCAGUCACGGAACGUCUUGCUGUUGCCAGUGCUGUGGUACACGUUGGUCCCGAUAUCGCAAAAUUGAUCGAACAGAAUUCGGUGAAGAAAGGAGACGUUCUGUCUAUCGCACAAAUAGCUGGUAUUAUUGGCGCAAAGCGUACGGCUGAAAUCAUUCCUCUGUGUCACAACAUUCCAAUAUCAUCGGUGGUAAUAAAUACAGUACUAAAUCUAACGGAUAAUUGUGUAAACAUUCGAGCCACUGUUAAGUGUGAAGGCAAAACAGGCGUGGAAAUGGAAGCAUUGUGCGCUGUCACUACGGCUGCUUUGACUAUCUAUGAUAUGUGCAAGGCAAUUUCAAAGAAUAUUACUAUAUCCGAUGUAAUGCUUUUAAAGAAAUCCGGUGGCAAGCAAUUCUAUCAGCGAGACGGAUAUAUUGAAUUGGAUGACAAAAAGCAGGCUAACAAUGAGGAAAUUGUUAUACAAAACUAUAACACUGAACCAAUUGUAACCAAGGAACCAUUCUAUCCUACUCACAUUUGAAAAGCAUCAAUGAUCGUCAAGUAAAAAUUUAAUUUUCCAAACAAUUGCAUUCAUGUUAUUUUUCACGUAUCAUUUUAUUUUAUCGUAAAAUUUUAUUCAAUGGUUUAAAUUUGAUCAUUCACACAUUUUUAAUGUUAUUUUUUUUUGAAGAGAAGGAUUUAUUGUAAUCAUAAAAUUAUUUGAUUCAAUUAGCACAAAUAAAAGUAUGUAUUUUGCCUUUAAUCUUUAACAAAA